AUGAAUGCCUCAAUUCCCAAAACUCCACGCACUGAGACCUUCACCCACAAAGGCUUCCGGGCCGCGGGUGAUGCAACCGCUUCCCGUCGCCGACCAGGCGCCUCUUUCGUGAAUGCUCUGUUGGCAACGGCUCUUUUUCGGUGCUGGCAUAUCCUGCUCUUUUUCGCAGCGUGGUCGACAUGCAUUACGGUGCUUGACGAUCACCACUUCAAAGUCCGGAUUCCUCUCACCCUACUAACAGUGCAAGUGUCGAGCUCGACUGUUUCUGAACCUUCUAAUCGGAUACUAGUGUUGGUACCGUGUUGGGUUUCGUUAUCUCAUACCGGACGACUGCCUCUUUUGAACGCUAUAAUGAGGGCAGACGUUUGUGGUCACAAAUUAUCCUUGCGUCUAGGACGUUUGCUCGAACCACAUGGUUCCAUAUACCGGGUAACUACACUUGAACUCUUUUCAAAUUCUACCUCAUAUGUUCCAGACCAAGCCCCAGUGGGUGGACUCGAUGCAGCAACCAUGAAAUCGCGAGGAAUGGUGGAAAAGAAGACUGUGAUCAAUCUGGUCGAGGCUUUUGCAGUGGCUGUAAAGCACUAUCUGCGGGGUGAGGAUGGCAUUUACUACCAGGAUUUAUAUUACCUGGUCAAAUUCUUACCGGCCUAUGCGUUACCGCCAGGGAUACCCUCAAACGCGGACUUGACCAAUAUGGAUGGUGAUGGCAACCUUUCCCCGCGUUCUCGCCCCUCCAAUGCCUCUGGACCCCCUCCGCAGUCAAGCUCUCUGCUGUAUCAGAGAAAUGGACCUGCCUCUUCAAUGUCCGCUCCACAUCUUCCUCUGCCAGUUUCCACUCCGGAACGCGGAACUCGUCGCAUCAGCUUCUCUCAUGGAAAUGCUCAAACGCCUAAUAGUGUCCUCCAAGGCCGUCCUGGUCUGCCACCGCCACUUACUAUAUCGCCUCCCACACGCAGGAACUCCCUCGACGAAAAACGCAGUACCGAGCUUCGGAGCGUGACCAGUAUUCGCUCUAUGCGAUCUCCAGUGCCUGGAGAGCCCCAAAAAAUCAUCCUUGCGCGUGCGGAUGAGUCAUACCUCCUUCCAGCAUCGAUGCCCCCGAAAUACCACAUUUUCGACCUGUUUCCGUUCUCUCUCCUCGUUCGCAGUUUAACGAAGCGAGGCAAGGAACUCAAAGGAAAGAAAGCAGCCCGUCUUCGAGCCAAAAUCAUGCGGGAGAAGGAGAAGGGAAGCCACAAUUUACCAUUAGAAAUCAGUUUGUAUCUGAGUUCGUAUAUCUCUGCUUUGCAGGUCAGGAAACAGAUGGAUGUGCCAACCACUAACACAUUGUUGGCGGCGCUCAACCAGCUGGUCGACGCACUUACAGGGCUUGAACGUAUUCUGACAACUCCAGUGCCGUAUUCGUACUCUAUCCAUCUGUGGCUCGUCGCAACGCUAUAUUGUCUGGCCCUUCCUUCACAAAUCGUCUCCGCCAUGGGCUGGAUCACGAUCCCAGCUACAAGUCUUCUAGCUUUCGUCUUCUUUGGAUUCCUAGUUGCCGGCGAAGAGAUUGAGAACCCCUUCGGGUAUGACAAAAACGACCUCAACCUGGACCAUUUCACCAACAACAUCAUACGGACCGAGUUGCGGGCGAUCACCAGUGCUGCUGCGCCAGACCCGGACCGUUGGAUAUUUGCGGCCGAGAACGACAUGCUGUUUUCUACGGAUGUCCACCAUGAUGAACGGGUUGGGCCAGAGACGUGGGUCAGGCGAGGGACUCCAGCAAUCUUAGGCGCGUUGAGCAUGGUCUAG